AUGAAGAACAUGCUGAUACAGAACCUCCAACGGGAGAUCAUAUUUCUAAUCUGUGAGAACAUAUGCCCUCAUUGCCACAAGCUCUAUGAGGAUUGGCCGGCCGUAGGCCGUACGGUUGAGAUACCAUCCCCUCCUACCGCCAAAGAACACCGCCAGACGAUCUUCAGUCUCUCAUUCGUCUGCAAGAGAUGGGGAUAUAUCGCACAGAAAGUACUGCAUCAUCAUUUUGGCUACUUCGAAACUCACCCAAGGGCAGAGUUCUUAUUCUGCAGGACUCUUUCUGAAAAUCCGGAGCUUGGAAAGCAUGUUAAAAUGGCUCGAAUAAGACAAAUCUCUGCAUACGACUGGAGUCUUGACGAAGAAUGGCUCGCAAAGUCGCUGAACAAGCUCUCAGGAGUUCUCGACUUUCCGGAAGCGUCCUCUCUGCCAGAUAUCUCGCAAUGGGGAGAAUUCAUUGCGCCCCUUAUUUUGCUCCAAGUCCCGACCCUCGAUAAGCUUUCGAUGCAGAACGGACACUUGAAUAAUAUCAUGAGAAAGUUCCGUACGCUCUUUGUAGGGAAACAAUGCGUUAUUCCUCGAAGUAUUACCACUCUAAAUGUCACACCCCUAAAGAACAACGGAAUUUACACCGGCGGAUCCCUAGAUCUAUCCGAGGCCUGUAUGGGACGACUCUUAUCGGCUAGUCCAGGAAUCCGCGACAUGUUCAUAUUCAAUCCCGAUCCACAGUCACUUCGAAGUCGGCUGAGUCUGUCCAACUUACGAACCCUGACCUUGUACUCUAAUUUUAGUCAUUUUGGUCAGGAAGAACUCCGAUUGUUCCUUUCGUUUACAGGUUCAUUGGAGAUAUUUACUUAUUAUGGCCUAUAUUUUAAUGGCGUCACCCUCCAGGAUAUAUGCGAACUUCUGAUAUCUAAGAAGCAUAGCUUGAAAAGCCUACAUUUGGAGGCUUCAGAAAAGUCUCAGUACUUCACAGCAGCCAAAAGCCUCACCAAUGUGAGCGAAAUGCGGUUCCUGUAA